AUGUACUUUAGCGAGAAGUUGAAUGGUGUUGCUUUGAACUAUCCAACUUAUGACAAGGAGUUGUAUGCUUUGGAUGUCUCAUUCCUUGAUUCCAUCACCAUCAGUGAAGGUCACACCACCCUUAGCCCUGAAAUCAGAACAUCACUGAAGGAGGAUUUAUGCUGGCAUCUUUUACUUGAUCAUGGGCAUACUCAAAUCAGUGGUCUAUUCGCCCAGAAAGGAAACCCCUCUACAUGGGAAGACAAAUUUCAUACCCGCAAAGAACUCAUAUUGACGGCUACACACAAAAAUCUAGUUCCUCCCGAAUGCCAAAUCCAACUUCUACAACUCCAAUCCACUUCGACAAGGCUAGCCAAUAGUGUCUAUUGUACUCGAACUCAAACUCGAUCAACCCAAUCUCCAAUUGCACUUUUGGGUGGUCAAAGCCCUAAUUCUUUAAAGGGCUUGAUUCAAGGUUUCAUUAAACAAGAAGGGAAUAAACUUGCUUUUUGGGCUCAGUUUCGAGGUUCCUACCAUCCUUUGAUUAGAGAACAAAAAGGAGUUUUGUUGAAGGAAAAACUUAUGAAAGAUCAAGCAUUAAGGAAUGGUUGGCAUUGAGAAUCUUACAUGUCCUGUGACAAUGCAGAAGCUUCAUGAUCCUUCUUUUGUUUCUAAUAAUACUCUUUGUCAUUAAUUGUUAUUGGGGUAUUUUUCUAAGAAUCGAAUGUACGUGAUAUUUUUUUUUAAAUUAUAGGCAAUUGUUAUUGGAC